AUGACCUCUCCCACCGACGCCCCCGCGCUCGAGCGCGCGCGCUCAUUCCUCGAGGAGUGGACCGUCGCGCGCUACCUCGACGCGCGGCGGCGCGCGCCCUCCCCUCGCCGCGCGCCGAGACCGCUCGCGUGCGUCGACCCCGGCGCGUCGCUCGGGAGCAUCCUCUCCACGUUACAUCGCCACGACGUCCUCAGCGCGCCGGUCAUCGAGAAGUCCAAGGACGGCAGAUACCACGGCUUCGUGGACGUCGCGGAGAUCCUCGGGUACCUCGUCCGCGCGUGCGCGCGGUGGCUCGACGACGAGUUCGACGGCGCCGGCACCGGCACGGAGAAGCCCGCGUCGGUCCCGACGCAGCGCUUCGGCGUCCACCCGCGGCCGUCGCGCCCGGUCGCCGUGAAAGAAUCCCUCGGGAUCCUCCCGGCGGUGAUGCGCGACGAGCUGUACAGCGCGAAGGACGAGGCGGACGUGCUCUGGAACCUGCAGUCGACGCUCGGGGAGGGGAUGUUCAAGCGCACGCUCCGAGCCGCUCGCGUGGAGUUCAGAGGCGACGUCGACGGCGGCGACGGCGAGACCAUUUACAAAGGGUUCCUGCAAGCCAACCUCCUCUCGGUCGUCCACGGCGCGUUCGUCUCGCAAAACGCGCACAGAGUGGGCGUGUACGACUGGGACCCCGCGUUCGGGAACGAAGGGAAAGUGUGCGACCCCGCGUCGUUCGAGAUCGUGUCCCAGAGCGACGUGAUCCGGUUCCUGCACGACCGCCGCGACGACGAGAAGCUUCGCGACUUCAUGAAGAUACCGCUGGAACGGGCGACGCCGCCGGAGACGUCUCGUGGCGUGUUGAGCGUCCGCGAGCGGUACACGUCCGCGCUCGACGCGUUCUACGGGAUGUACCGCCAUAACGUCUCCGCGCUGGCGAUCGUGGACGAUACUAACGCCAUCGUCGCGAACGUUUCUGUGAGCGACCUGCGAGGGAUCAAACCCGACGACGUCGACCAACUCGCGUCGCCCGUGGUGGACUACCUCCGCCGCCGCCGCCGAGAAGUGCGUCCCAUACCCUGGUUCCCAUACGACCGCGUUGGCGUGGUGAACGCCAAGAACGGCGGCGGCGGCGGCCAAACGCCCACCUCGCCGCUCCGCGUCGUCGCCGUGAACGGCGCGGACGCGACGGUCGGGGACGUGAUCGCCGCGAUGGCGACGCAGCUCGUGCAUCACGUGUACGUCAGAGGCGAGGACGGGUCGCCGGUCAUGAUCGCGACGCCGAUCGACAUCUUACGGCUGGUCGGGUCGUUGAUGCCGUUGGGUGUCGACGAGAAAAAGGAAGACGGCGCCGACUACGCGUCGGCGGUGAAAGCGGGCGCGCGCGCCUCGGCGUGA